AUGUGCCUUAUGAAAAAGAAAAGUGUCAAGUGGUGUACUAUAACUAAAGCGGUGUCCUAUCACAUUGCUAAAGAUAUGGUCCCCGUUGCAACUGUGGAACAAGUCGGAUUCCAAAAGCUACUGAAAACUAUGGACCCGAGAUAUGAGCUUCCCAGUCGCAACUACUUUGCACGAGAAGCACUGCCAAAAUUGUACACUGAAAUCAGACAGAGCCUUGCUGACCGGCUCGCUGACGUGACCCAUUUUGCGUUGACCAGCGAUAUGUGGUCGAGCAGGACGUGUGAGCCUUACAUGAGCCUGAGGCCCUGCAGGACGCAAUUGCAAGCUGGAAACUCCAAGAAAAAGUAUCUGGUUGCUAUAACAACCGACAACGGGAGCAACAUCGUCAAAGCGGUUGAGCUGAACGAGUGGCUGAGGAUGCAGUGCUUCGGUCACAGACUGCACUUGGCUAUUGGACAUGGCAUGAAUGACAAGCGUGUCACCCGGGCCAUUUCUUUGUGCAAAAGAAUUGUAAGCUGUUUUUCGUACAGCUGGAAGAAAAGGAGACAUCUUGCUGAAGUCCAGAUUCAGCUGGGUCUGCCAAGUCACCAACUCAUAACCGAGUCUGCCACACCCUGGGGAUCCAGGCAGCAGAUGAUAGAGAGAGUCCUGGAGCAGGAAGGAGCACUGGCCAGUCCUGUCUAAUGACAAAAAGACCAGGCACCUUGUCCCUACCUGGCAGGACUUAGAGGUCCUAGAAGCAG